CUGAAUUCUGAGCUGGGGCACUUCACCAUGAGGCUGCAAAUGAAACAGAUGUGCUUGCUGUGAAUUUCUGUAGUGUCCGGAGUUUUUGUACUAAAGGUGGCAACACGUUCCUUCCUGUGUUGUUUUUUUUAUUAUUCUUUUAUUUUUCACAUACUUUCUAUAAAGGAAAAGAAAUGGAGAAGAUGAAGAUCACUUUUAUCAUCAGGGAGCUGUGGAGCUGCUAAUUUUUAACUUUCUACUCAUUCUUACAAUAUUAACAAUUUGGUUGUUUAAAAACCAUCGAUUCCGCUUUCUGCAUGAAACUGGAGGAGCUAUGCUUUAUGGCCUUGUAAUGGGAUUAAUUAUACGAUAUGUGACAAAAUCAUCAGAUGUUGAAAGUGGGACUGUUUAUGAAUGUGAAAAGCUGAAAUCUGGGCCAUCCACUCUGCUUAUUAAUAUAACUAAUCAGGUCUACGAAUAUCAAUACAAAAGAGAGAUCAGCCACCACAAUGUCAAUGGUCACCAGGGCAAUGCAAUGCUUCAAAAGAUGACCUUUGAUCCUUCCAUCUUCUUCAACAUUUUGCUGCCACCCAUUAUAUUUCAUGCUGGAUAUAGUUUGAAGAAGAGACAUUUUUUUCGUAACUUAGGAUCAAUUUUAGCCUACGCCUUUUUGGGAACUGCCAUCUCCUGCAUUGUCAUAGGGUUGAUAAUGUAUGGCUUUGUGAAGGCCAUGGUACAUAUUGGCCAAUUAAAGCAAUGGGAAUUCCACUUCACUGACUGUUUAUUUUUUGGAUCGCUGAUGUCUGCCACAGAUCCAGUGACAGUCCUUGCUAUUUUCCAUGAGCUGAAUGUGGAUACAGAUUUAUACACACUCCUGUUUGGAGAGAGUGUCCUAAAUGAUGCUGUGGCUAUCGUGCUGACACACUCUAUAUCCAUUUACAGUCCUAAGGAGAAUCCUAAUGCUUUUGAUGCUGCUGCUUUCUUCCAGUCAGUGGGAAAUUUUCUGGGGAUCUUCGCUGGAUCGUUUGCCAUGGGAUCCUCUUAUGCUGUUGUCACAGCUUUAUUGACAAAAUUUACAAAGCUGUGUGAGUUUCCUAUGUUGGAGACAGGUCUGUUUUUCCUCCUAUCCUGGAGUGCCUUCUUAUCAGCAGAAGCUGCUGGGCUUACAGGUAUUGUUGCUGUGCUUUUCUGUGGAGUCACACAGGCCCAUUACACCUACAACAAUCUGUCACCAGAUUCCAAAAUGAGAACUAAACAGUUGUUCGAGUUCAUGAAUUUUUUGGCUGAGAAUGUCAUCUUCUGCUACAUGGGACUCGCGCUUUUUACGUUUCAAAAUCACAUCUUCAAUCCUCUUUUCAUAUUUGGUGCACUUGUGGCAGUUUUUGUCGCAAGAGCUUCCAACAUAUACCCACUUUCUUUCCUUUUGAAUUUGGGUCGAAAACAAAAGAUUCCCAGGAACUUUCAGCACAUGAUGAUGUUUUCAGGUCUGCGCGGAGCCAUCGCCUUUGCGUUGGCCAUUCGGGACACCAACUCGCAGCCCAAGCAGAUGGUGUUCACCACUGCCCUGCUGAUCGUCCUCUUCACAGUCUGCGUGUUGGGGGGAUGCACAACCCCAAUGCUCACCUGGCUGCACAUCAGAGUUGGCGUAGAUCCAGAUGAAGAUCUGAAAGCUAAAGCUGCGAGCCAGAGUGCAUCUGACUUGGAUAAAAAUACAACCAAAGCUGAGAGUGCGUGGCUGUUCAGAAUAUGGUAUGGCUUUGACCACAAAUAUCUAAAGCCUCUCUUAACCCACACUGGGCCACCUCUCACAUCAACCUUACCUGAAUGGUGCAAUCCUGUUGCCAGGCUUCUGACCAGCCCCAGUGCAUAUGGGGAUCAACUGAAGGAUGAUGACACAGUUUAUAUCAUCAAUAAUGAUGAGCUGACCGAAAACUGUGAAUCCUCUGCUCACACACCAGUGCCAGCACAGGACAGCACAGGCUCCAUGCAGGCUACAGGCAAGGAAGAUAUUCAGGAAGGAGACCUAGGAUUAGGAGGAUACAAACUCCAGCUUCAACACACUGCAGGUCAACCCCAGAAGAAUUCAUUGGCAUGAGCAGUCUAAGGUUAAUCACAAGAAAGACUAAAACA